UUAGUCAAACCACAUCAAACAUAAUUUAAAUAUAUUGCAGACAUGGGGAGCAACCCAGGAGUAUAAAAGAGUCUGCUGGUCCUCUGUUCGUUGUACAGAAGCAACAUGGGCAAGCUACUCAUCUGCGUCGGACUGGCUCUCCUGCUGCAUGUGCAGCUAGGAUCUUCCUACAUCCUCUCCUGUUAUUUCACUAACUGGGGACAGUACCGUCCUGGUGCAGGCAAGUAUUUCCCCACCAACGUUGACCCAUGUCUCUGUGACCACCUCAUCUAUGCCUUUGCUGGAAUGGACGGCAACAUGAUCAAGACCUACGAGUGGGACGAUGAGAAACUCUACGGAGAGUUCCAGGCCCUGAAGAACCAGAACAGCAACCUGAAGACUCUGCUGGCCAUCGGAGGAUGGAACUUUGGUACUCAGAAGUUCACAACUAUGGUUUCCUCUGCUGCCAAUCGUCAGACCUUCAUCACCAGCGUGAUCAACUUCUUGCGUCAGUACCAGUUUGAUGGUCUGGAUAUCGACUGGGAGUACCCUGGCUCUCGUGGCUCCCCACCUGAGGAUAAGCAGCGCUACACUGUCCUGGUCCAGGAGCUGAUGAGCGCCUUUGAGGCGGAGGGCAAGAAGACCAACCGUCCCCGUCUGAUGCUGACUGCUGCUGUCUCUGCUGGAAAGGGAACCAUCGACUCUGGAUACCAGAUUGCCCAGAUUGGAGCUGUGCUGGACUACUUUCACGUCAUGACCUAUGACUUCCACGGUUCUUGGGAGCACAAUGUUGGAGAGAACAGCCCUCUGUACAAGGGCCCCGCUGACCAGGGAUCCAUGAUCUACUUCAAUGUGGACUAUGCUAUGAACUACUGGAAGAGCAACGGUGCCCCAGCAGAGAAGCUGCUGGUUGGUUUCCCCACCUACGGCCACACCUUCCGCCUGGCUUCCUCUAACACAGCUGUGGGAGCUCCUGCCAGUGGACCCGGACCUGCUGGACCUUUCACCCGUCAGGCUGGCUUCUGGGCCUACUAUGAGAUCUGCACUUUCCUGAAGCAAGGAGCGACUCAGGCUUGGGACGGCCCCCAGGAUGUGCCAUAUGCCUACAACCAGGGAAUCUGGGUUGGAUAUGACAAUGUUAAGAGCUUCCAGAUUAAGAUUCAGUGGUUGAAGCAGAGCGGUUUCGGUGGAGCCAUGGUGUGGAGUUUGGAUCUGGACGACUUCAGUGGCACUUUCUGUGGCCAGGGAAGAUACCCCCUGAUCAACACCAUCAAGAGCGGACUCGGAACUGGAGCUUCCUGCAGUGCUCGUACUGACCCCCUGCCUCCAGUCAAACCAACCCAGCACGCUCAGCCCCAGCAUGGCGGUGGUGGCAGCAGCGGCGGCGGCAGCAGCAGCUCAGGAUCUGGCUUCUGCGCUGGCAAGUCUAACGGACUCUACCCUGACCCAACCAACAAGAACCACUUUUAUGAGUGCAACCAGGGAAAUACCUACGUCCAGCACUGCGCUGUUGGCCUGGUGUUUGAUGACAGCUGCAAGUGCUGCAACUGGGUUUAAACAAUCCAUGGUUGAACUUCAUACUGGUUGUUCUUAAGUUGCUUAAGAGCUGGGUCAGCUAUUAUGUAACAUAAAACCAUCCAUCAUGCCCAUUCAAGAACAGCUCUGUAACACCUGUCACUGAUCUAACCUAAAUAAAUAUCGCAUUUAAAGCAA